AUGGAGGACUUUUUCACCAACAAAUAUCUUGAAGCUUAUCUACGUGUUGGCGAAUAUUUGAAAACUCAUCGUCCGCUAGCAUCAGCACGUAUGGAAACACUGGAAAAUAGUAACAAUAUUGGUAUUGGUUACGAUCCAUUGCAUGGUAGUCCGGUGUGCUACACUGCAAGUUGUCAAGUCGAUGGUUUCCGCAGUCCAAUAUUCAAGCUCAAUUAUGUUCAGAGUCCAGCAGGUGGUUGUACUUCUAAACUGAUUCCCGAAGGUGUCACGAUGCAAUGUUUGCCGGGAAGUGAACGAACCACCGAUACACAAGUGAUUGAUAAGCUCGAUCGUCUCAAACAAGUAACAGAAAAUGGAUUUGAAAUCAGUGGUGGUGCUAAAUAUCAAUGGUACUCAGCUAGUUAUAAAUACUCGAAAGAAACGCGAUUUAUUGUCGACCAAAUCUAUCAAGAAAAUUCCGAAGUUCUCUAUACAACACUGAAAAUAUCACAUGCGAAACUAUCAAUGUUUGAACCUCGGAUGAAUCUAUCUGAUGAUUUUCGAUAUGUUAUCGAAAAUUUGCCUUGCUGUGAUUACAAUGAAAUAGUGGAGAAGUAUAUUUAUGAUUACAUCUUUGGUUAUUUUGGCUAUUCGUAUGUUACUACACUUGUGUUAGGUGGAAUCGCGCAGCAAAGCAUAAUCAUCCAUUCGUCAAACGCAAGUGCUCUGGAAGAGAAAGGAAUUAAAAAGAGUCACGAAGCAGAUCUGCAAUUCGCUGUUUCUUUCGGUUUGAAACCGAGCGGAAACCAAGACAAUGUCACACAUGCAAUGUUCAUGAAUUCUGUUUCAAAGAGUUACACGACAAUGGUAGGCGGCGAUCCAUCCAUUAGUAAAAUAGAAGAUUGGGCGAAGACUGUGCAGAGUAAUCCGGUGAUUAUCAAAUUUACAAUUAAAUACAUCUUCGAUAUUCUCACACAAGCAGAAGGUCGUUUUCCAAAUGAUGCAAAUAUUGGUGUCAAAGCGAAGAUGAUCGAACAAGCAGUGAAUAAUUACAUCGAUACACCUAUAUACUGCUACGGAAACAACUGUUCCAGCCAUGGCAACUGUCAAGACACGGGUUACUUUCAAUUCGGUGAAUGCCAGUGUCAGAACGGAUGGUCAGGUCUUGACUGUUCAAAGAAAGUCGAAGAAAAACCGAAACCGUUAGUUCUUAGUGGCACACUGUGCGGCACCAAUACAAGUCUUGCCUGUGGUGAUGCAGGUCUGAAUUCUGGUUGUCCUGCAGGCUGGCAAGUUAAUCAAUGGUACCAUUGCAGUAAGGUUGCAACUGAUCGACAACCAAGUCUUGUUGGUACUGUUUGUGGUUACCGAGCAGGAAAUUUAACAGUUUUAUGCAAUGGUCGUAAUCCCUAUUCAGAUGCAUGCCCCGUCGGUUAUCAACGUCAUCAGCAGACGCCGGCAACAUUCUGUUAUAAAACUAACGCAAGUACCGAUGAUUUAUCUGGCACAAUAUGUGGCAUGCAAGUGAUGGAAUACACAGAUUGGAAGAUUUCCAGUUCUUAUUGGUCGAUUGUCUCGGAAAUUACCUGUGAUGGUUAUUAUCCUGGUAGAGGAUCAUGCCCACCGGACUACAUUUCAACGCCCAAGACAGCAAACAUCUAUUGGUAUAUCAUUGAAGAUCAGAAACAGCCAAAUAAAAAAGGAUCUAAAGGCAAUAAAAUGUUAUUUAGAAUUGUCAUUUUCUUGGUUAUUCACCAUGAAAUUGGUGCUAGUCAACUAUUAAAAAUUCCCAUCACUCGUGUACAAUCACGCUCUACAUCAACUCAAAACUGUACUGUUUUCCAAAACAACGUCACAGUAUGCAACAGGAUAUCACCAACCUUCGGCAAAGUUGCUGUUGUCAAGUCUUCAGCUUUCGAAAGUCUUGUCAACGAAGCUGAUGCAUACUUCUAUGGAACCAUCUACAUCGGUACACCAAGUCAACCUUUUCUCAUCAAUUUCGACACAGGCUCGUCCGAUCUCUGGGUGCCAUCAAGCAAGUGUUCGUCUGCCUGUAGUCAGUUCAACAAAUACACAUCAUCAGCAUCAUCAACAUAUAUUGCUAAUGGAAAAAAGUUUUCCAUCACAUACGGCGAUCAGUCUGGAGCGAGUGGAAUCUUCAGUAUCGACACUGUGACAGUCAAUGGUAUUGCAGUUCGAAAUCAAACAUUCGCUGAAUGCACGUCAUUGUCAGGCAUGGAAAAUGAUGUGAAUGAUGGCAUCCUCGGACUCGCUUAUCAGAGUUUGACAACAGGUGGUGAAAAACCAGUGUUCUUCAACAUGUGGUCUCAAGGUCUCAUUGCCGAACCGAUCUUUUCCUUCUAUCUCAAUCCUGACACAAAUGCUACAACUGGUGGCGAACUCAUCUUUGGAGGCGUUGAUUCAACAAAAUAUUCUGAUUCAAUCACAUACAUUCCGGUGGCACUCGAAGGAUACUGGGAAUUUCAAAUGACAAAAGUGACAGUUGGAUCGAGUGUGAUCAGCACAUCGUCGUAUGCCAUAGCUGACACAGGCACAACAUUGAUCACUGGACCGACGAAACAAAUCAAAGCAUUGAACGUAGCUCUGGGUGGUACUUAUGACUCAGCUAGUGGAAUGUACACAGUCAGUUGUUCGACACGAACACUCUCGUCAUUUCCCAAUGUGGUGUUUACAAUGGGUGGUACGGACUUCGUUCUAACACCACUACACUACCUGAUAAUAUACCAAGAGAGCUCAAGUAAAUACGUAUGUUACAGUGUGUUUGCAGCACUGGACUCCGAAGAUGCAGAUAAUAACGAUUUCUGGAUCUUGGGCGACUAUUUUCUGUAUUGGUACUACGCGAUCUUUGAUAUCAACAACAAUCGUGUGGGUUUUGCAAAAUCAGCUUCAUACAACUGGACGCCGACGGUUGAUUCAUCUCUAUUUCUUGGAACAGCGACAGCAACAACUGCAGGUACGACAACUACUGCAACUGCAACGAAAGCGGUGACGACGACAACAGCCCGAUUUACAACCACAACAACUACAGCAAAGGUGGCUACAAUGAAUACGACGAAAGCGGUAACCAUCUCAACAACUACAAAGAAAAUUGUGACAACUACAAAGCGACGACACCGUCCACAUGGAUCACGACACCAUCAUUGGCACUUUUAA